UUGACUAGCAUCACCGACUGAUGCACGCGCUGACGCGCUGUUAUCGUGCUCCGAAAAUUUCGGAAGCGGAUCGCCCUCGCAUAGUGGAGUACAAAUUUUCUCGACGUAUAACCACAGUAUAACUUUUCUCGACACACGCGUGUUGGUAAUCGACGAGUGUAGAGGUGACGAAGAAAUAAAUAGAGAACGACUGGUGCGUGAGUGGCAUCUUGGCAUCUUGUCAUUCUCGCCGAAUCUACCGACGAUCGAGACAUCAAUUGAGGAUUUCCCGGAGAGUAGAGACGUUUCCUAGUGCAAGGCGAUGGUACGAUGACCGCUCUCAGGUGUCUCGUGUACGCGUUCGCCGUGGUGGCAACCUCAUUCGCCUAUGACGACGAAUGCUACAUUCCUCUUUUGGAUAGAGCUCAACUAACAGCAACUUCUUCCUUGCCCGAAAGAGGUCCAAAGAAUGCCAGGCUAAAUGGCGGAAACGCAUGGACGGCUAGCAGCUCCGAUUUCGGUCAGUAUUUAAUAAUCGAUCUGGGCCAAGUGAUGAACAUCACAGCCAUAGCGACUCAGGGCAGAUCGUUGCAGAAUGAAUAUGUUAUGGAAUAUCGUAUUGGCUAUGGCACCAACGGCCUCGAUUAUGUGGAUUUCAAGGAAGAAGAUGGCCACGCAAAGAUGUUUAAAGGUAAUGUAGAUGGAGACAGAAUAAAACUUAAUAAAUUCGAGGUACCGAUAAUCGCACAGUGGAUAAGAAUAAAUCCAACACGAUGGCGGGACAGGAUAUCGCUGAGAGUUGAACUCUAUGGAUGCGACUAUGUAUCUGAUGUUGUCUCCUUUAAUGGAUCGUCUCUUGUACGGCUGGAUUUAUUAAGGGAGCCUGUCGAGACCGAUAGACAUUUUAUGCGAUUCCGUUUUAAAACAAAUAAUGCCGAUGGUGUAUUAAUGUAUUCUCGUGGUACGCAAGGUGAUUAUAUAGCCUUGCAAUUGCGGGACAAUAGAAUGUUGCUUAAUAUUGAUCUCGGAUCCGGUAUUAUGACGAGUCUAUCGGUUGGCAGUCUUUUGGAUGACAAUAUGUGGCAUGAUGUCUUAAUUUCACGAAAUAGGAAAAGUAUUUCCUUCUCUGUUGAUAGAGUACUAAUCAAAGGUAGAAUAAAAGGAGAAUUUCAUCGAUUGGAUUUAAACAGAGAACUUUACAUUGGUGGUGUACCCAACAAGCAAGAUGGUUUAGUGGUAAACCAGAAUUUUACUGGUUGUAUAGAAAAUUUUUAUUUAAACUCGACGAAUAUAAUUCAUGAGAUGAAGGAAACGGAAAUCGCAGAUGAGAAUCUGAGAUACUAUAGAAUCAAUACGCUCUAUAGUUGUCCGGAACCUCCGGUGAUACCUGUCACGUUUUUAACUCCUGGCUCUUUCGCUAGACUGAAGGGUUAUGAAGGUAUACCAUCUCUGAACGUCUCUCUCGCGUUUCGAACUUACGAAGAGCGAGGAAUAAUUCUUUACCAUCAGUUUACGACUCCGGGCCAUGUUAAGUUAUACCUAGAAGAGGGUAAAUUGAAGGUCGACAUAAAGACAAGGGAUAACCCAAUUGCAACUCUAGAUAACUUUUAUGAAAAAUUCAACGAUGGAAAGUGGCACCAAAUAAUUUUGACAAUUGCCAAAAAUUCUCUCAUCUUAAAUGUCGAUGGGCGGCCAAUGAAAACUGAGCGUCUCCUCGAUAUGUUGACUGGAUCAUUUUAUUUGAUCGGCGGUAUGAUCGGCGCCGGGAGCAAUCGUGGUUUCGUUGGUUGUAUGAGGAUGAUAAGUGUCGAUGGGAAUUAUAAAUUACCGACCGACUGGAAGGAGGAAGAGUAUUGCUGUAAGAACGAGAUCGUCUUCGACACUUGUCAAAUGGUAGAUCGUUGUAAUCCCAAUCCUUGCAAGCACUCUGGUGUUUGUCGUCAAAAUUCUGACGAAUUCUUUUGCGAUUGUGCUAAUACUGGAUAUGCGGGUGCCGUUUGUCACACCUCAUUAAAUCCCUUAUCGUGCGAGGCAUAUAAGAAUAUGAAUGCGGUAAAUCAACGUGCAGAAAUUAAAAUUGAUGUGGAUGGGAGCGGACCUUUGAAACCAUUUCCUGUCACUUGCGAAUUCUUUACUAAUGGCCGCGUAAUGACAGUUUUACGUCACAGUAAUGAAUAUUUAACUCCUGUCGAUGGAUUCGAGGAACCUGGCAGUUUUAUACAGGAUAUUAAUUACGAUGCUGAUCUCGACCAAAUAGAAGCUUUAUUAAACAGAUCUAUAAAUUGCAGACAAAGAAUAAAUUAUGCAUGUAAACAUUCCAAGCUAUUUAAUUCCCCAGUUCCUCAAGGUAUUCAGUUUAAUCCGAACUCAUGGUGGGUGAGUCGGAAUAAUCAAAAGAUGGAUUACUGGGGCGGUGCGUUGCCCGGAUCGCGAAAAUGCGAGUGUGGUAUACUUGGGAACUGUGCGGAUCCUACCAAGUGGUGUAACUGCGAUGCUGGAUUGGAAGGAUGGUUGGAAGACGGUGGCGAUAUUACGGAGAAAGAAUAUCUUCCUGUCAAACAAUUACGUUUUGGCGAUACGGGUACACCACUUGACGAAAAAGAGGGUCGUUAUACGUUAGGUCCGCUUAUUUGUGAGGGUGACGACUUAUUUAAAAAUGUAGUCACAUUCCGCAUUGUGGAUGCUACUAUCAAUCUUCCGACAUUUGAUAUUGGGCACAGUGGUGACAUUUACUUCGAGUUCAAAACUACUGUCGAAGAUGCUGUGAUAAUUCACAGUAGAGGACCUACUGAUUACAUUAAGGUUUCCAUAAAUACUGGAAACCAGAUAAAUUUUCAGUACGUGGCUGGCGGCGGGCCGCUUACUGUGAGUGUGCAAACGUCUUAUAAGCUGGCGGAUAAUAGAUGGCAUUCCGUGUCGGUGGAAAGAAAUCGUAAAGAAGCUCGAAUUGUUAUUGACGGAGCAUUGAAGAACGAAGUACGAGAACCACCAGGUCCUGUGCGAGCGCUUCAUCUCACCUCGGAUCUCGUGGUGGGGGCCGCUGCCGAUUACAGGGAUGGAUUCGUUGGUUGCAUAAGAGCGCUGCUUCUCAAUGGUCAAUUGCAGGAUUUAAGAAGUUAUGCCCGGCGUGGAUUAUAUGGCGUUACCGAAGGUUGUACGGGCAGAUGCGAAAGUAGUCCUUGCCUCAAUAAUGGUACAUGCCAUGAAAAGUAUGAUGGAUAUUGGUGCGACUGUCGAUGGACGGCAUUUAAAGGACCCAUCUGUGCAGACGAGAUUGGUGUAAACAUGCGACCGAGUUCGAUGAUAAAAUAUGACUUCAUGGGCAGUUGGCGUUCCACUAUCGCUGAGAACAUACGCGUUGGUUUCACGACGACAAAUCCAAAAGGAUUUUUACUUGGUCUCUUCUCCAAUAUCUCGGGAGAGUAUAUGACUAUAAUGGUCUCAAAUAGCGGACAUUUACGCGUAGUAUUUGACUUUGGUUUCGAGCGACAAGAAGUCAUAUUUCCGGACAAGCAUUUCGGUUUAGGGCAGUAUCACGACGUCCGGAUCGGCCGGAAAAAUUCAGGCGCGACUUUGAUAAUGCAAAUUGACAAUUACGAACCGAGAGAAUUCGAUUUUAAUAUAAAAAAUUCCGCGGAUGCACAAUUUAACAAUAUCCAAUACAUGUAUAUCGGCAAGAACGAAUCUAUGCCGGAGGGAUUCGCGGGUUGUUUAUCGAGAGUCGAGUUUGAUGAUAUAUAUCCGUUAAAACUACUCUUUCAAGAAAAUGGACCCGACAAUGUACGUUCGCUCGGUACUCCAUUAACUGAAGACUUUUGUGGAGUCGAACCGAUCACGCAUCCGCCGGAUAUCGUCGAAACGCGACCACCACCACAAGUGGACGAAGAAAAAGUGAGAGCUGCGUACAACGAGACUGACACAGCCAUUUUAGGGAGCGUAAUAGCGGUUCUUCUAAUUGCACUCGUGAUUGUGAUAAUCCUCAUAGGUAGAUAUCUGUCUAGGCAUAAAGGUGAAUACUUGACACAAGAGGACAAAGGUGCUGAGAUAGCUUUAGAUCCGGAUUCAGCAGUUGUACAUUCUACCACAGGCCAUCAAGUUCAGAAGAAAAAAGAAUGGUUCAUCUGAAAUGUGUUGAAAUGUAUCACACAUUAAAAAUAAUGGAAAUUGAAUUUUGGUCAACCAGGAUUCUGUCUCAUGCGGCGUUCAUUCCAUAUUAUUUCUUUAUGCAUUACUCGCAAUUCUUCACAAUGUAAUAUGACUGCCGAAAUCUCAUCAAUUUCUGUUGUUAAUUAUCUUUUAAAGAAUGAAUAUGGAUAGGAAACGAAUGUUUUUUCUUGCGUUAUAUGCCAAUGAGAAAAAGAGAGAAAUCAAUUAACUCUAUGAUAUAUAAUUUCACUGGAGUAUGUAUCUUACAUGUUCCAAUUUAUAUACAUCUUUACGAUCGGGCAUAAAAGAGAGUUCUAUGUAAUAUAAGUAAAUUCUACAUGUACAAAGCUAUCUCUAUUCUACAAAGAUAGAUUAUUUACAUUUAUAUAUAAAUAUAUAUUUUGUUCUUUCUUUUUUUCUCAUUCAACAAUUUACAGUAUUAGUUGUAAUGUCUACCGUCCAAAGUGCGUUUAACACUUUUUUUUAUUUUAUUUUU